GUUAUCAACUUUUAUUUUAGAUAGCAUUAGUUGGAUCCAGUUUUGAUUUUCGGACUUCUGCCAAAGUCGCAGUGGAUGCUGGCUUUGCAUUAAUUAGCAGUGAUAACUGAUAACUAGUUAGCAUUUUUAAAACACCAAAAAUAUGACAGGAACUGGAGAUGAUGAAGUUGAUGGUAAAUUACAGGAAUGGAUGAAAAUUGAUAGGAAUGAGAGCACAAGGGCAGAAAUGCAAAAGCUAGCAGAAAAUGGGAAUGUAGACCAACUCAGGAAGUUAUUGCUGAAAAGAAUGGAAUUUGGAACAGCAGGUCUGAGAUCUGGCAUGGGAACAGGCUUCUCCCAAAUGAAUGAUGUAACAAUUAUACAAACUUCGCAGGGACUCAGUAAAUAUUUACUGAAAACAUGUCCAGAUGUGAAGAAAAGAGGUGUGGUCAUUGGAUAUGAUGGGAGACACAACAGUCACAGGUUUGCCUCACUGGCUGCCAGAGUUCUUAUUAAUGAUGAAAUUCCUGUCUACCUUUUCUCAACGCUUUGCCCAACACCAUAUGUUCCCUACUCUGUACUACAUUACAAGACUGAAUGUGGAAUAAUGGUGACAGCCUCACAUAAUCCUAAGAAUGACAAUGGCUACAAAGUCUACUGGGGAAAUGGGGCCCAGAUCAUUUCACCAAUUGACAAAGGAAUAGCAGAGUCCAUUCUACAGAACCUGGAGAUCCAGGAUUCCUCUUGGGAUCACGCCACCAUUAGAUCCUCCCGUCUGUGUAAGGAUCCAUUAAACACCAUACUGGAAGCUUACAAUAAUGAUCUGUGUUCCUUGUGUUACUUCAAAGAGAAGAAUCAGAGUAGUCCGGUGAAGUUUACCUACACAGGGAUGCAUGGGGUGGGCUAUGAGUAUGUGAAGAAAGCCUGCCAGAGUUUUGGAUUUGUAGAACCAAUACCAGUGAAGGAACAGGUUGAACCAGAUCCUGAAUUCCCCACAGUCAAAUACCCAAACCCUGAGGAAGGGGAGGGAGCUCUAUUGCUUGCCAUGAAGACAGCUGAUGAGAACAACAGUAAAGUUAUUCUGGCCAAUGACCCUGAUGCCGAUAGAUUGGCUGUGGCAGAGAAGCUUACAAAUGGACACUGGCACAUUUUCUCGGGGAAUGAGAUUGGUGCCCUCCUUGGCUGGUGGAGCUGGUUCUCAUUUGUCCAGAGGUACCCUGAUUAUCCAGUUGGUGAAUUGUACAUGCUUGCCAGUACUGUGUCUUCUAAAAUACUACUGACCAUUGGCAACAAGGAGGGAUUCCAAUUUGAGGAAACUUUGACAGGAUUCAAAUGGAUGGGAAAUUUGGCUACAGCUCUACAAAAGCAGGGCAAAAAAGUGUUGUUUGCUUUUGAAGAAGCAAUUGGGUUCAUGUGUGGAACUAAUGUCCUGGACAAGGACGGAAUUUCUGCUGCUAUGGUGCUGUCUGAACUAGCUACGUACCUGUACGGCAGCAAUACCACCCUACACAACAAGCUGGACGAGAUCUAUAAAACGUACGGUUAUCAUCUCUCCAGUAACUCAUACUUCAUUUGCCAUGAGCAAGACAAAAUCAAGAAAAUGUUUGAAGAAAUCAGAAAUUAUAACAACAGUGGAAAAUACCCAGAAGCCUGUGGGCCAUACAAAAUAAAAUAUAUCAGGGAUUUAACAGUUGGAUAUGAUAACAGCAAACCAGACUGUAAGCCGGUUCUGCCAGUCAGUAAAUCUAGCCAGAUGAUCACCUUUACUUUUGAGAACGGUUGUGUUGCUACGUUAAGAACCAGUGGAACAGAACCUAAAAUUAAAUACUACACAGAGGUUAAGCCAGAUCCUCAAAAAGGACUGGAUAGACAAGGAGCCCAGAAAGAGUUGGAUGACAUUGUCCAGUGCAUCAUUAAAUACUUCUACCAACCCGAGAAGUUUGGCUUUACCCCGAGAUCGACAUAAAUGUGAACUGUCUGCUUUACAGAGUUGUCUGUUUUGAUCAUUAACAUCUAUGUAUUUUAUAUGCUUAAUCAGUAUAUGUACAAGUAAUUAUGUGUGAAUAGAUUCUUUUUAAGUUUUAGAUACCAGUAAUUUAAUUGUGUGAUGCAUAAUUUCUAGUAGACCUUUCCAUAGGAUUUUGUAUUUCACUUACAGAACAUCUAUUAAUGUGUUGAUUCAGUAUCUAGUAUAUCUGUGAAUCUCAGGUGAUUUUAUAAAGCAUUCGAUAAGAAAUAGUCAUACAUGUAUUGAUUGCCAUACUUAGUGCUAUUAUUCUUUUUUAUAUCUGGUAGAUGUGUUUGUAGUCAUACAUGAUUACUGAUCAAUGUGACAAGUGAAAUUUUAAUUCAUAUAAAGAGAAACUCGUAUUAAAACUGUGCAUUAAUGUCCAUUAUAGCAUGCAGUUAUUUAAGGUACAUAUAUUUGAAUGGUAAAAUAUGCAGUAAAAAAGAUAAACUUUACUAGAAAUAUGGACUGUUGUUCCUAAAUACAAUUUUAAAAAGAAAUUUGUCAUGCAAAGCAGGCUCAAAUUGAGAUUUGUAAAUAAGAUAUCUUUUUGUGAGUUAUUUUUAUUACAAAAGCAAAAGUUUACAUUCAGUACAGCAGGCUGAUAUUAUCUUGCACUUAACUUUACUAGAAAUAUGGACUGUUGUUCCUAAAUACAAUUUUAAAAAGAAAUUUGUCAUGCAAGGCAGGCUCAAAUUGAGAUUUGUAAAUAAGAUAUCUUUUUGUGAGUUAUUUUUAUUACAAAAGCAAAAGUUUACAUUCAGUACAGCAGGCUGAUAUUAUCUUGCAUGUAUAUGGUUUGUUAAUAAAUCUUUAACAUUCCCCUACCAAUGUUCAUACAUCUACAGUAACUUUUUUAAUUACAAUUGUAAACUUGGCCAUCUAAUUGUUAAUGGUUUUGUUAUGAAUAAAUCGAUAUUCAUUCAA